GAAUCUUGCGUUGUGCGUUUCGUUGCGGCUGCUCUCGCACUCAACAGAUAUCGUUAUCGUUUGAAGUUGUUCGAUCAAAAUUUCGACGUUGUUUUUCUGCACUCAACUCCACCGCCCGGUGUUUUUUGGUCUAACGCGCUUUCGGUGUUUGUGCGAAUACCACCAAAACGAAAACAAAAAAAAAACAUAUAAAAACAUAAAAGCACAACAGCAGUGACUAAUUAAAUGGCAAAGUGUGUUUGUGUUGUGUAAAUUGAAUUAGUGUGACUUUUGAUUGAAUCCAAAUUACAGCAACAAUAAUAACAAACGGCCAAUAAAAAAAUAUAUACACAUAUAUAAAAAGUUAUAUAGAUAAAUAACAAGUUGUAAUUGUCGGUAAUUAAGCCGGUCGAUUGCUUUAAUUACGCGGUAUAUUUUUGCAUUAAAUCUUGCGCAACGUUUUUGUAUUUUUAUUUCCAUUCGCUCUGUCUCUGGAGAUAAUUAAAAAUCUCCUAUCCAACUCCUCCUCGACUAGACAUCAUUAAUAGCCAUAAGGCAGCGUGUGUUUAUGCUUGUGUGUGUGUGUGUGCACAUGUGUAUGUGUUUGUGAGCUGUCGUGUAACUGGCAGGAUUUUCAUUAUCAGACACUAAAAGGAUUACGAACCCGUUCAUCUUCAUCAUCAGCAGCAGGAGCAACAGCAACAGCAGCCUCAACGCCAAAUAUUUGCGCACAUCCGCAAACGUUCUAACGACUUUGCGACGACUUUUUCGAUUGUGUCGGGAACUCUUGUGCGGAAAUCUAAAUAAAUUUCGUUGGUGAAGAGGAAAUCUUAAAUUAUGAUGUCACAUCAGAUGCAGCAAACACGUCGUCGCUUGGGCUCCGUCAGUGACUCGGCCCCGCCCUCGGAGUCCAGCGAGGGCACCGCCUCCUCGGAGCAGCGGGAUGAGCUCAUACUCCAUCCAGAUUGGUCGGCACACUCGCAAUCGUCGGCCCAACGCAGCAGCGCACAUGGCACCACAUCGCUGUACAAUGCAUCGGACAUCGAUGCGGACACCAUCAGCACCGACACCACAAGCAACACAAAUCUCUCGGACUACGAACGCGGUCAAGUGGAGAGCUUCUUUGCCGGCCUCGGCACCGAGAUCUUUGUGAGUGGCGCUCUGGCCAAUCUCUAUGAGGGCACUGGCAACGAUGGCGACUGGCGUCUCGUCUUCACCGGCAUCCCGGUGAUCCUUCAUGACAAGGGCAAUGCUCGGGCACGUUCGAUGCCCCGUGUCACACUCGUGUUGGCCGAACGGGGUUCGUGCUUUGCCCUGUGGUCGGAUCGGGUCGAUAAUCUAUCGAAUUAUCGCAUUGCGGGCCCCUCGUUUCACACCAUGUGCCUGUCGAGCAAUCAUCAGCAAAUGAUUGGCUUCAGCUUCGAUUCCACAGACGCUGCCCGUGAACUCUGGCAGCAUGUCGAGCGUCUCGUCAGCGAUCCCGAGAACAUUGCUCUCUCGGUGCCCGGACGCAAGCAGAAGAAACAGAAGCGCGUGAAGCCGGCUCCGUUGCCACCGAAGUCGCAGAUUUCGCAUCCGUGUCAGUUCCAUCAUGUGACCAGCGUGGUCAAGGAGGACAAUGAACGCUACUACAGCAUGCAGGCAUUUGGACCGAUCAAUUCGCAGCAGCAGCAACGUUGAUCAGCGUCGGGCGCGUGGAUCUGGAACACGAGCGCCCUCUGGUGGCAGAAUUAGCACAUGUCACCGCUAAACAAAUAUGAUAAUAUAAAUCCCCCCAAAAAGUCUCCAGUAACCAAUCACAUCACCCUCUCCCCCGAGUUAUCGUAAGGCAAAUAGUUAUGUAAUCAAAUUUGUUAUAGUUAUAUGACAAUGUGUUUGUCGUCGUCAUCGUCGUCGUCGUCGAGCACAUUUAUCUGUGAUACCAUCUAGGCGUCUGUAUAUUCCUAGACAUUAGCUAUACAUGCGCAAUAAAAGUAAAUUCAAAUUAAUAAACUACAACUACAAUACGAAAGAAAAAAAAAAACUAACAAAAUCAAUCAAAAAUUAUGUAGUUUUAGUUUUAACAUAA